CCGCAACAAUCAACAACAAUACCCCGAGUUUGGGAGGACGCGACGAAUGACAUAUGAGUCCAUAACAGAUCUGCCGUGUGAUAAAACGUACUGUCCCACCAAGUAGCUUCCUCGAAGUCCUUUGACUUCAUGAUGUCCUCACAGCCGCCUCCAUUCCUAAGGCUUCCAUACGAAUUGCGUCUUGAAAUCUACGGACUUGCCUUAGAUCAAAGACUUGGAUACUUCCCUAGACACUAUCUAUCAAUUUCAUCCGUCAAUCGACAAAUUCGACAAGAGGUUCUACCCAUCAUCCUCUCGAAUUCCAGGUAUUUUAGCAGCCUGGAAAAGAUAUCAGACUGGACCUCGAGGGGAGAUCCAUUUCUUCUGAGCCAAAUUCAAAAUGUUACAGUCCACAUUUUCGAAGACUCUUUGCUACAAAUCGCAGAUGCUCUAGCAAGUAGUAUAAAUGAUGCCAUCUCAGGUCCUAGAAUUGCUCCCAGGUUCUGGAAGACAAUGUCAGCUCCACAAUUCGGUCGAAGCAACACCAAAGCAGGAAGUCGACAUUCUUUGCGAACGAAGAUUCUAUGCGCUCUUUGUCUGUCAAAACCCGAACUUGUUCCUAUCAGUAGCAAAGAUGCUAUUACUUCAACGUGGGACGCCUUCAAAGCCAUCAGCGAGGUCAAGAAACUCUGGAUCCUGUUCAAGGAUUCAACCCACCCCAGCAGUCGCCGGGCGUUUCCAAUCGAGCAAGAGCUCAUUCUUGAUAUUAUUGCCACAGCCUGUGAACGCGUUCAAGAUCUCACCGUCUUUUCCGAUCUCGUCUCUCUCGACUACCUAGGACAUUUCAAAGACCUUCGUCGCCUCCGUUUUAGUGGAUACUCAAAGUCCGACCCAGAAGAAACAUUGAAGAUUCUUCAAAGUCUCGAGAAACUGGACACCGUCAUCUUAUAUCGCUACCCGGAAAGUUAUGAUAUUGACAACAACAUUAUCACUUCCAAACUUCCAGAAUACCUCUCUGUGACACCGAACGUCGUUGCAUCCCUAAAUCCUUUGAAACACUUUCAGAUCUCACACAUGUCAUCCUACGUUCCCUCUCAGUACAUUUCCACAACACUUCUCCAGUCCCUUCGGAAUCACCUACGAACUCUUCGCAUCUUCCAGCUCUCUUCUGAUUACGCCUUGACUGAAGAUAUCGUCGAGGAACUCAUCUCAUUCCUUGCUGAUUCUCGAAUCACGGAUAUCAAGAUUCGAGUCAAAAUCCCAAAGAGGUUUGGAGAGCGGGAUGUCAUGAGUUUCUUUCCUAAGACGUGUAAGAAUGGAGAAGCCAGUACCAGAAAUUCGAAUGUGGAAGGCCUGCUCCACCUUGCGAUGACGGCGAGCGGGGCUUGCCAUCAUAUCACCCACGUUAAUAGGAUGUGUAGAUUUGUGAUCCCAAUUGAGCUCAUUGAGUAACAUGAAGUUUCAUGUCGUUGAUGGAUAAGUGAACUGCGAGCGUUGGCCAUGGAAAGAAUGUUUGAUAGUUAAUGUUCAUCGAUCUGUAUUUCAAGUUCACAUAUAUAAUGCAUAUACUUCGGUUCC